UGGUUCGAAGCCUGUGCUUUCCGUCGUGGAGAGGUGAAUGGAAGUUCAACCAUGGAGAGAUUGAUCGCUGAGGCGCAGACGGCACACUCUCGAGUUCCUUGCGAGCUUGCCUCCUUACUCUGGGUCGAUGAAGAUCCCACCCUGGUGGACGCUACCUUUGGUCGCAUCGCGCAACCACACGCAGGUCCUCGGCAUCAAGACCACCGGCGAUUUACGCCCGGCCCAUAUCCCGAAUCCCCACCCCGGAGCUGGGGGAAAGCCUCCGGAAGCGCGCCACAACUCGACAGCCAAGACCCAGGUGAGAUGUGAGAUUGUAGUGGGAGUUUACACCUGGCUAUGGAGACAGCGAACCUACCUAGGUGGUUAAGUAUUUCUAGGGUGGAUCCAUACAAUGCCCGACCUUACUAUCCAUGUUGUUUUUUUGCCUCUGGCUCCUACGCUGUUGACGGAACCUCGGAUCCUGAUGGGAAGGGAUUCAGGGUCUGUUGCUCCACCUUGUCCGAUAGCCACCAACCGCGACUGCUUGCCCCGCAAACGGGAAGCGAGUGCACCCCCAGGCCUGGUCUGUCAUGCCUUCCAUGAGGCUGCAGAAAGCCACCUGUAUGUGCUCGACAUCUUCCUUCCGUUCUCGCUGCUGUGCGCCGUUGCUGGGUUUUAUUACUUCUAGU